AUGGCGACGAACAUUGGUAUUAUGGACAGUGCCUACUUUGUUGGAAGAAACGAGAUUCUUGGUUGGAUCAAUGACCGUCUUCAUCUCAAUCUCUCUCGCAUCGAAGAGGCUGCAUCAGGUGCUGUUCAAUGUCAAAUGAUGGACAUGACCUUUCCAGGGGUUGUCCCGAUGCACAAGGUUAACUUUGAUGCAAAGAACGAGUACGAGAUGAUACAAAACUACAAAGUCAUGCAAGAAGUCUUCACCAAACUGAAAAUUACAAAGCCAUUGGAAGUCAACAGGCUUGUCAAAGGCAGACCACUAGACAACUUGGAGUUUCUACAAUGGCUGAAACGUUUUUGUGACUCCAUUAAUGGUGGCAUUAUGAAUGAGAAUUAUAAUCCAGUAGAGAGAAGAUCAAGAGGUGGCAAAGAGAAAAGUGUAAAGGGAUCUAACAAGAUCUCAAAGUCAUUGCAAACAAACAAUAUGCAUCAGCCUCUUCCAGUCACUACUUGCAACAAAACAUUUGGUCCCAAGCAAGCAAAAUCACAUGCUGUUGGAGGUGGGAGCAACUCAUUAGCCGAAGUGCAAGCUCUCUCAAAGGAGCUUGAAGACCUCAAGGUCUCGGUUGAUCUCUUGGAAAAGGAAAGAGACUUUUACUUCACUAAGCUCCGGGAUGUAGAGAUACUUUGUCAGACUCCUGAGCUCGAUGAUCUUCCGAUAGUGGUAGCGGUUAAGAAGAUAUUAUAUGCAACAGAUGCAAAUGAAUUUGCACUAGAAGAAGCGAAAGAGUGCCUAAACCAGCCUCUAGGGCUUGAGGCUGAGCAACAAGAAGCAGAGACCCAGACUUAA